AAUGAAGAAAUCAGGGUGAGGUGUAUUACUUCUUUAGAUACAGGUGAAUUCUACGUAGCAGAGAUACAAUCAUCAACGGGGAGCGGAUAUAGGACAAACUUACUCAUGGGAUAACGUAUCUUAUCACUGAUAAUGAUAGAGUAGAAUUCGGUCCGGUUGGAAAGGUGUGGCUGAACUUCCCCUCAGUUUAUGUUUUUUUCCUGCGAUUUUCACAGCUCUUUCUUCACUCCCCCAGUCCCAUCCGAUGAUUUCCAUACAAACAUAAUUAUCAACAACCACAAAUCGAUCACCGAAGAAUUAUGAAAGCAGAAUAAAUUUCUAUCGAUUUUUUAAUACAAUUAUUCAGUGAGUUAAACGUUUGAGAAGUAAUCAUGAUUUUAAUCGAACGUGAUUUUGUGGUUCUGUUUGCCAUUUUCAGCGUACAUUCCGUGCGAGCCCAGGAGAAUGCCCAGAGCAAGGUUUCGGAUGGACUUUUGGAAUGUUACAACAACACUUUCUCGUUGUUGAAGAUUAAUAGAUUACCUCAUAAUAUUCAUGCUCUCAUUGCGAUAAUCAGGAAGAUUGAGGAGAAUCGGGAAGUUCAUAUGGACUUGCGACAACUGUCCGGGGCAUUACUACAUCGAUUCCGUCAAGAUGGGAUUGUGAUCGAUCCUCAAGCUGUGCCCCAAGAAGGAGUGACGCCCUACAGCACCGAAGGAUUUCAAUCUUACAGACAUUCAGAGAUGUUGAAAUUGAUCCCAGGAAAUGCCUUGACCUUCAAUAAUAACAGUAUCAAUUUGAUAGAAAGGUGCACCCUUCACUCCAUGAUCUCCAGCUCCAUCGACAUACAUCGCCGUGAAGACGAGACUUUAACCUGUCGUCUAGAAAAUCUAGACUAUCGUCAACCUCGUUUCAAAAAACGUAGCAUCCGUCCUCAGGAAAAAGGGAUGAGUGGAAGGCACAGGGACGUCGAGACCCUGACACCUGAGCAAAUUGAGAGUAUUAAAAAUGGAAAUGGUGAUGCUGACUCAUUUCUCCCGAACUCCUGGUAUCCACCACUUCCCCCGAACCAUCCGGAGAGCUCUCGUUACCAGAUGGAGACAAGCAAAUGUCCCACCGAAGGGGGUGUUCUCCAGACCGAUUGGGGAGUGGUUUCUGGAGGUCCUCUUCUUGCUGGAAUAGCAGCAGCUGUUCAACCCCAGAACGUGAGAAUCAGUGACUUGAUGAGACGAGACUGGGACAACAGAGAGGCAUUCUCUUCAAGUAUCACCCUUGACAACAAAUGGAUAGCAACAUUAGCCGGUGACUUGGCAGAAGUUGCUCUCCAUCAAGGCCCUAGCAAGGAAAACUACAAAAUUGGAACAACCGGUCACUGGAACUCCAGCAACACCCCGAAAUAUUAUUUCCUCAAUACCGAUCAGAGUUUGGAGUUCACUGAGGCUGAGGUGAGAGGGGAUCUCGAUGGUCUCAUCCUCGCCUCGAACGUCGCCUCCUGGUACUCGAAAAUUCCAUCGUUGAAGCUCUCUCAAAUCUUAGACAUGUAUUACAGUGACCGGGGGGUUCUCAAUGGUACUAUCAGGGCCUGCAAUCGCAGAAAUCUUCUCACAAUCGUUGCACCGAAUGAUACGACAAGUGCCCAGACAUACAGAGCCGCAAUGGUCCUCAAUUCGAACACCCAAUUACCCAGAGGUACAAUAUCAGAUGAGAAAGUCGAGACGUUCUCAUUUCAGGCUGUCAAUGAACUUUUGAAAUUCAUUCCUUCUUCCAUGAAUAACGACAGGACUUGCAGUCAGACUAAUCCGAUUAAGAACUUGUUUCAUCGAAUGGCUGUCGACUUGACCAUCAUUUUAGACACCAACUGGCCGUUUAAAUUUAUUAAACCUAUUCUGGACUCUAUUCUUGAGAAAUCGGAGAUUAAUAGAUUUGCGGGAAAUUUCUCAGUGAUCAAUGCUGCGAAUGGAUCUGUCAUCUCGAGGAGUUCUCACAGUAUUUUAGAUUUUUACGCACUCAAUGAAAGUCAGUAUGAGACUUUCUCCAAAGGGUUCAAUCUGCCUAAGUCUCUGGACGUUCUGAAGGAUUUAGAGGUGAGAAAAUUGAACGCCGAGAGGGAAAAAUACGUGGGAGGUGGAAGGGCUGAGAUUGUACUCGUCGUUCCCUGGAGUAGUUCUUCAAUUAAUGAUGUUGACAGGGAAUAUUCGUUGAAGAGAAUUUGGCAGAUGAGAGAGGAGACCCCGGAUGUCAAUAUUCUAUUUAUGACUGCUGGGUCCAAGGAAAGGUGGACGAGUUUGGCGAGGGAGGGGCAGGAUAUUUUUUCUGUGGGAACAGGAACUUGGAAAGAGUCUAUCGGCCCCGUUGGCGAUCUUGUGAAUCGAAUGAAGAGAAUUCCCAAACGAUUGAUCAACUCUCAAUGUGGAGCGGAUUAUUCCUCGGUUGGAGCAUCUGCCUCGUUUGAUGACUAUCUCGAACCUUCUGGCGUCCUCUUUUAUAGAAUGCAUCCCAAUUAUUUUUAUAAAACUGAUGAGGAUGAUGUACCUACUGUGAAGGUUCAAGGAAUUGAUGGGAUGCAUCUUAUUGUUUGCUCCUCCAGGAAUCCAUUGAAUAUCAACAGCAGUGAGUCUGCGAGCUGUUCUACUGUCACUGGUGGAAUCCAUCGCAUAAAUGUCAAUUGCAGAGAAGCUGCGUACAUUCAUCAAUGCAAUCCACUUUACUUGUCGAUUACUGCUGGGAACAGGACGAGUGAGGAAUUUUAUCCAUGCACAAGUGAAUCACACUGCCGAUUUCCUGACAUGAUAAAAUUCACCAUUUCCUACGAAAAUCUUGUCUGCACCAGUGGGACUGCCUCGAUAAUAUUCUCUCCCAUUUUCAUUUUACUAUCGGCAAUUUUAAUUUUACGAUUCAAUUUUUUAAAGUAAAUAAUAAGUCACUUUAAUAUUAGUCCCUUCAAUUGAAUACGCCAUCAAUAUCAUAUUUCUCUUUUUCGCUGUUUUAAUAUUUCGUAAUCAAUUCAUUUACUACGAUCAUACCUGCCGAAUCAAUUGCAUUCAUUUGUACUUAAAUUAUAAGAACCAUUUAUCA